AUGGUCAAUCUGGGCUUGAUGUAUCUCAACGGCAUGCGUCAUACUGCCGAUGAAGGGCGUGCGUGGAUUGAAUCUCGCACGGGUGAGACCGUGGACAUGGAUAAAUUGAACACAAUGGAGCUGCCGUGGACUAAAGUUGGCCCUGUCAGGUCAUCUUCAAAGAUCCCGAAGCUCCCAGCUCGCCCGAUUAUUGAGCAAUACGUUACUAUUUACUGUUCUUCAUAUCAAAGUCUCGUGUUUCCGGUGAUUAGCAAAUCACUGUUUGCUGAAACAUUGGAUCUUGCCUACGGGCCACAGGGCCCCGGUGCAGAUAGUGCCAAAUCUUGCAUUUACGCUUUCCUGUCGGUGGUGAUUAUAUUUGGAUUCGAGAAUGAUCUGGGUGAUGUUCUUGACUGUGAGACAUAUGCUGCGGCAGCCCAGAGUUUCACAGUACAAAUCAUCAAUGAGAUGACUGUCAAUGGUCUUCAGGCUCUGAUUAUGCUUACACAGCACCAGUACUUUCUGGGCGAUCUGCAAAGCGCCGCAGUCUCCGUGUCAAUUGCUAGUCGUUUAUUAUUCAAGCUUGGUGCGCACACUGUGUCCACUCCUGCUGCAUACAACAAAAGUCAGCCGGAAUGCCACCUACGCGAUCUUUUCUGGCUCUGCUACUCCUUCGACCAAGAUAUCUGCCUCCGGAACGGACAGCCCCCGUCUAUCUCGGGAGUGUUCUGUAACCUGGAUCUUCCCCCAAACUACAAAGAGCUUCAGGACUCCAAUUUGCAACAAGACCAGAUCUUAUCGAUUAACGAUGAUACGCUCCCCCUAUAUCCCUGGGAUCUUCGCCUCUCCCAACUCAAGGCAGAUAUAUACGAGGCUCUCUAUUCGACAGCCGCGUGCCAAAAGCCGAAUUCAGAGAUCUUGGAAAAUAUCCGUAACCUGGACCAUGCGUUGGAACAGUGGCGAACAAGCCUACAUCCUGAUAUUCGGCCGCCGUUGCAAUUCUCUCAAGGGAUGCCGACGAAUAUAAAUAUCAAUACCCAGGCCGUGAUGCUUCGACUGGCUUAUUAUCACUGUGUUACAAUAAUUCACCAAGCUAGCGAGCGGCAUCAUGACGGGCCCGGGAUAUGCUCAAGCAUUAGCCUAGCUAUUAGUGCUAGCCGAUCUACCCUUUCGUUUCUGCAAACCACACUGCCCACAGUCGAGGGUGAAUGCUUUUGGGUUGUCAUCUUCUACGUCAUUACCGCCAUCCUGACGCUUUUCCGCAAUAUUCUCAAGAAUCCAUUGGACCCUGCGAUGGCGGAUCUUGUGAGCGUGCUGCAAGAUGUUCCGAGUUUGAUCGGCAGAAUUCCCAUUCGAACACUCACGCUCGGCCCAAUGAUUCAUCUACGGUUCUUGGAUAACUUCACAGGGGAGCUUGCCAGGCUGGGAAAUAGCGCCAUACUCAAGGCUGAGCGUGAGGUGGCUGCUUUGGCGAAUGACCCUGACACUGUACAUAAAUGA